UUCAGUGAAAGGAUGUGCACGAAACACACGACACAAUGCACAAGGAAAUGAUUACUUGAAUGUAAACAUGGUAAACAUGGAGGUUCACGCGUGUUGGAUAUCCACUGUUGCCUGUUUAGUUCUGUGUAUCAUGUGUAUGGAGUCAUAUGCGGUUGACAGCUCGAUUCGCUUGCAUGCGGGAUUUUCAGAGAAUGAAGGAUUCGUUCUAGUCAACAUGACAGGUGUAUGGCAAGCCAUCUGUAAAGACGAUUGGGACCCAUUUAAUGUCUUAGUAGCCUGUCGACAAUUGGGAUUUACUGAAGGGUAUGCCUUGAAAUGGGAAGACACCGAUUAUCAGUACCCUAACUCAUGGCGUCCUCGAAAUGAGUCAAAAGAAAGCUUCCCAAUCAGGAGGACCAAAUUUGUCUGUAAUGGGAGCGAAGCAUCACUGUCAUCCUGCCAAGUAUCUGACAGAUCUAAUGAUUACUGCUCAAUAUACGGAGGUGUUGCGUGCAAUAUAUCUACUGCCGAAUUAACAACGUUACUGGACAGCGUGAGGAAUGAUUACGUUUCGCUUUCUUACGAUAUCCCCAUGGGUGUUGCAGAAGGUCUAGUGCUUGUCACAGAGAUCUUCAAAUAUAGCGAACAUGAUCAUAAAAUGUUAGUUGGAGGAAUAUGUAAUUUGGACGACCGAGCAGCAAUGUUGAUAUGUGAAAGGCGGGGAUAUCCUAAUGGUGGCAAGCCAGCCGCGUUCCCAUCUUCAGAGAGGACGAUGCCUACGGUAUUGAGUGAACUUGAUUGUGUUUAUUCAGAUAGUCUGUCUAGUUGCAGAAAGGUAUUUUCCUUGAUUGGAGACUGCAGCCAAGCAGGGGUCAUGAAUAACGGCGUCCAGUGCUAUACAUCAUUAAGGCCAUCUGUAAUUGGAGCGUUAUCGUUCGUCGCCCAGGCAGCUAUCAUCAUUGUGGUUGCCGGUAUCUGUGGAAUAUGCUGGGUCCAGCGACACAGCAAGAAUCCUCCUGCUGAUAGGAGACAAAUCUAUCUCACGGUCAGUGGAAACGAGUUCUAUUCACCUGGCCAAGCAACCUAUCAACCAUCUAGCUGAUUCUAACUGAAUCUGAUGAGAAGAUAAUGUACCUUGUUUGAUAUACUACUAACCCUUCAUUUCAUUAGUGUUUGCAGGCUUAUACUUGAAGAUAUGCAUAUCGGAUAUCAAAGUAUAGAUAUACAACAUACAAUGACUAUUGUACAGAGGAAUCUGAGCUAGUUUUGUGUGAAGACACUCAUGUUGAUCAAGGUUUCAAUCAGAGUCUGAACCAGACCUGUAGACUAAUAUGCACCUACUGGUCACGCAACUUCAGUCACUCUCGCAUCAUCAACUCAUCUCACAACGGUCUCCGAUGAGUUUAUCGUCCUCGCAAAUGUUCGGCUCGUUAUUAUUAUCAUUUUUUGUGACGCAUGAAAAGUAUAAAAAGAUAUUCUGUUUAAAAAAUAUACGAAAAAAAAACUCACACAAUGAUGUAUAUUUUCAAGAGUUCUAAAAUAAUUUGGUAAGGGGAAAGUUACACAUUAUACAUACAUUAACUGAAGGGGUAGGUAAUAUAUGUUAUUUCAAAUACCCAUCAGUCAAUAUAUGUUAUAUUAGAUAUCCUUGAAUGAUGAAGAUAGAUCUGCAUGCAGGAGAUCUAACGUUAGACUUGUUUAUGAUAACCACAGUGACUGAUGGAACUGGUAUAGAUCUAACGUUAGUCUAACGUUGAGCACAGUGAUUGACCCUUUCCUAAUCAAAAUCAAGUUUAGAUCUAGGGUCCAUGAACCAAUUAGAACGAGAAUGCAUGUUGAGCCAUGAUCAAGUGCACAUUCUGAUUUAUCUUGGGGACGAGAUAAAACAUGACUAGAUUUAGAUUUAGAUCUAUAUCAGACUAGUUCGCCGCUGUAUUGUUGGUGGCGGUCCUGAUCUUUCUGUUGUUGAGCCAGGUCCAGCUCAGAACCAAAUAUAACGUUUUGUUCGCACUAGAUUCUAGAUUCUAACCUUAGAUCCUAACGUUAGCAAGAUUAGAUUUCUCUAACGUUAGACUCUAGUCUAGAUCCUACGUUAGAUCUAACACAUGAAAAUUUUAGACCUAACUUAUAGAUCUAGGCCUAGAACUUAAUCUAGAUCUACUUACCUAACUUUAUCGUCCAAACGCUGAACUAAUUCCCAUUGCUUAUCAGACAUCACCACAAAUCUUUAGACCAAAACUAAAUAAAUGUAUUCAAAGUUUCAGUCUCUAUCCGCUGAACUACGUUGGCCACUCCACUCACCAAUACAUAUCCAUAUAUUGUUAAAUAAAUCCCCAGAAACGACUGUUAUACCUGUCUACACAAAUCUAGGCUUCAGUUUAGUAACUGAAGUAAGCUUAACUUUUUUUUUUUUAAUCAUAUUUUAUUUCUUCCUCAUAUCACAUGUAAAAAAUAAAUAUAAACAUGACAUCAUUAACAUAAUUGUUUCAAGUUUACGCAUAAACAUUUUAACAUAGUGAGAAAAGGAAUAUAUAUGAAUUUCAAAUUUAAACUUAUAAUAACGAAAGGGAUUAAUACAGAACAGAAUCCGGGUACAACAUAGCUGACGUUAGCUUAACGUUAUGUCGGACUCGCCUAAUUGAUCGCUUGCAAACGAUCGCCACUAAUCAAAGAGAGGGCGCCAUAAAUAAAAAUAUAUUCAUGGACCGGCUGGUCAAUAUAUUCAUCGAAGGUGGACUGGCUGGGAAAAUACACUGAUUUCGAUCAUAUCACAUGAUGUGCAAUGGACCAAUCACGCUUGGCUAUCUAAUAUUAUUAUCAUUUACAGUAAUACAUUUAUAUGGACUGGUAAUGCUGUAAUAUGGAAUAUACGCGUUCAAGUUUAAGAAUGGUUUUUAAACCUGUAGGAGCACAUAAGUACAACGAUAUUUUCGAGUGCACCCUCUUUUAGUAUAAAUGCUAAUAUCAUGUACAUACUGUACCAUCAUUCCCAAUUAAGCAGCCUCUUACUACCUGCAGAAUCACCUCUGUUCUAUUGAAAAUUGAUGUCCCGUGAAUAAAUAAGGAAUCCGCUCGUGGGCCAAAUAAAGUCGGAUGUGUACUGUCAUAAUGAAACAGAAGACUUCACUUCAAUCAUUUUGCAUGGCAAAAUCAUCAUUUGGUAACCGGAUCAUCAGAACCUUAUCAGAAGUGCAAUCAGUGAACAAUGUUGGCAGGCUAGACUUGAC